AGAGAAGAGUCAUUAAAUCAAAAACUGGGAGCAGUUCCUUGUCGUUCUCCCGAACCACCGGAAAUCCCUGUUCCCACUUCCCAGGGUUUGCUACGAAGAGCCUCAGAGCCUCAGAGAAGACAAUGAUGGCGUGGGCACUGUAGGACGUUGCGAGAGAGAGAAAGAGGACUCGCUCGCUGCAGAGAAGAGAAGAUUGCAUACGACUAAUUGCUCUUUAUUGCAGACAAGAAGAUGGAUGGAUCAACAAAAGGAGGCAGUGCUGUGGAUAUGGUCUUGCCAAACUAUAAGUUGGGGAAAACUCUUGGAAUUGGUUCAUUUGGUAAGGUGAAAAUUGCAGAACAUGCACUGACUGGCCACAAGGUUGCUAUCAAAAUCCUCAAUCGCCGUAAGAUAAAGAACAUGGAAAUGGAGGAAAAAGUUCGGCGUGAAAUCAAAAUCUUGAGAUUAUUCAUGCAUCCUCAUAUUAUACGGCUUUAUGAAGUUAUAGAGACACCAACAGAUAUUUAUGUUGUGAUGGAAUAUGUGAAAUCUGGAGAAUUAUUUGAUUAUAUUGUAGAAAAGGGUAGGUUACAUGAGGAUGAAGCUCGCAAUUUUUUUCAGCAGAUAAUUUCUGGUGUUGAGUACUGCCACAGAAAUAUGGUGGUUCAUCGAGAUCUUAAGCCUGAAAAUUUGCUUUUAGAUUCCAAAUGCAAUGUGAAGAUUGCUGAUUUUGGAUUGAGCAAUAUCAUGCGGGAUGGUCAUUUUCUAAAGACAAGUUGUGGAAGCCCAAACUAUGCUGCUCCAGAGGUUAUUUCUGGUAAACUAUAUGCUGGGCCUGAGGUAGAUGUUUGGAGCUGUGGUGUUAUCCUGUAUGCCCUUCUAUGUGGAACCCUUCCUUUUGAUGAUGAAAACAUUCCCAACCUAUUCAAGAAAAUAAAGGGUGGCAUAUAUACUCUUCCAAGUCAUUUAUCAGCUGGAGCCAGGGAUUUGAUCCCAAGGAUGCUUGUGGUUGAUCCAAUGAAGAGGAUGACAAUUCCUGAAAUCCGUCAACACCCAUGGUUCCAAGCUCACCUUCCACGGUAUCUGGCUGUGCCUCCACCUGACACCAUGCAGCAAGCAAAAAAGAUUGAUGAGGAAAUUCUUCAAGAAGUUGUUAAGAUGAGAUUUGAUAGGAACCAACUAAUUGAAUAUCUUCGCAACAGAGUACAAAAUGAGGCAACUGUUGCAUACUACUUGCUGUUGGACAACAGGUUUCGUGUUUCAAGUGGUUACCUCGGAGCAGAGUUUCAGGAAUCCAUGGAAUGUGGUUUCACUCGCAUGCAUCCAGGUGAAGUUGCAACUUCACCCAUUGGGCACCGCCUUCCAGGAUACAUGGAUCAUCCAGGAAUUGGUUUAAGACCCCAAUUCCCAGUCGAAAGGAAAUGGGCUCUUGGGCUUCAGUCUCGAGCCCACCCUCGUGAAAUAAUGACAGAGGUUCUCAAAGCUUUGCAAGAACUUAAUGUGGCUUGGAAGAAGAUUGGGCACUACAACAUGAAGUGCAGAUGGUUUCCUGGCUUUCCUAAGCAUGAAGGCAUGGUCAACAGUGGGGCACGUGGUAACCAUUACUUUGGAGAUGAAUCUUCCAUUACCGAGAAUGAUGGUGUGAUUAGGUCACCAAAUGUGGUCAAGUUUGAGUUACAGCUCUACAAGACUCGAGAGGAAAAGUAUCUUCUUGACCUACAAAGAGUGAACGGACCUCAGUUUCUGUUCCUGGAUCUUUGUGCUGCUUUCCUUGCUCAGCUUCGGGUUCUCUAAUGCGGCCUUAACACAGGAAAAGUUCGUCCAUGAAGGUCUCGUAAUGGUUGUGAAUAAGGACUUCACUGUACAUACUAACUUUUAGAAUUCUGUGCUGGGUUUUUCUGUUCCUUUUUUUCCUUGAACGAUGGGCAUUGUUCUUUAGUCUGGCCCAUAUUUCAUCAUUGUGGCGCAGGGGCGCUCCUAAUUAAUUCUUUUGGUUGAUGAGUAAUGGGAGCAUGGCCUUUAUAUGGUCGGCCUUUUUCACUUGAACUGCGGUUACUCUAGCUUCAACUAUAAAUGAGCUAUGGGGAACCUCUUGAAUUUGUACGAAUGAACUAAUCUGCCUGAAAUUAUGUUUGAUGUUUAAAAUCACUGCUUUCCACAGCUUUCUUGGGA